AUGGAGGAGCCGCAGCGCGCCCGCCCGCACACCGUCACCACCACCACCAGCUCCUUCGCCGAGAACUUCUCCACCACCAGCAGCAGCUUCGCCUACGACCGGGAAUUCCUCCGCACCCUGCCGGGGCUCCUCAUCGUGGCGGAGAUCAUUCUGGGACUGCUGGUAUGGACACUGAUCGCUGGAACCGAAUACUUCCGGGUCCCUGCAUUCGGCUGGGUCAUGUUUGUAGCUGUGUUUUACUGGGUCCUCACCGUCUUCUUCCUCAUCCUCUACAUUACAAUGACCUACACCAGGAUACCCCAGGUGCCCUGGACAACCGUGGGGCUGUGCUUUAACGGCAGUGCCUUCGUCUUGUACCUCUCGGCCGCGAUUGUGGACGCGUCCUCCGUGUCCCCAGAGAGAGACAGCCACAACUUCAACAGCUGGGCAGCCUCCUCGUUCUUCGCCUUCCUGGUCACCAUCUGCUAUGCUGGGAACACAUAUUUCAGUUUUAUAGCUUGGAGAUCCAGGACCGCACAGUGAUUAGCCGUUUUGAGAAUUAUUGGGGUUGGGGGGAGAAUCUCACUGUAAAAACAGCUGUAGGUAUAAUGUAUAUUUCCAGAGAAUUGUAUUUAACUAAUGUUUUUAUAUACUUAGUUAAAUUUUGCUCACAGUGGUUUGUUACAAUUAAACGGGAUACUUGUUACAGGUUAUAAUGACAGCUCUUAAAGAUCUUGUUAAUGUCUUGAUAGACCUUAUUAUUAUUUUCUUA